AUGGAAUGUCUCUCCGUGGGCAGACACUCACUUUCGACAAGAGUCUGUCCAUAUUCAUUUUCAAAUCGACUAUUCUCUUCUCUCAGUCGGCAAUAUGCCUCGGCAUCUACUCCGCGGCGCAUGGCCGCUCAGAACUGGAUCGGCAAUCUUGAGUCCUCUGCCAAAAACUCCCAGGCAUAUCCUUUGUCAGGGUAUUAUAAAUUAGUUUUAAAUAACUCCACUCGCUAUACCCCGACCGCGCCCUCAACACCCGCCCAACCUGAGCAUGACUCAAAACCAGCAACGAAAGAGCAGACACCCCAAGAGAAAAUGGCUAUUGUGUUCGGCACACGCCUUGCUGGCCCGGGUCGUACCUCACGUUAUAAUCCUGGCGAAAUGCCUCCUGAGGCCCAAUGGAAGACAAUCAAUGGAGUACCUAUACCGCCCCAGCCCGAGGAACCCGACAACUGCUGCAUGAGUGGCUGUGUACACUGUGUUUGGGAUGACUUCCGAGAUGAAAUGGAGGACUGGGCAGGAAGAGUUGCAACGGCCAAGGCUAAGGGCAGUGCCGAGAAUGGAACAAAAGACAUUCGCACUGUGCCGCAGACUGAGGUUCACGCAGCCCACCAAAGCAUGGAUGAUGACGGUGGUGCAAGUGAAUCAAAUUGGCCAGCACCCAGUCAAGAUGAGGACUUGUUCGCCGGCAUCCCAGUCGGGAUACGCGAGUUUAUGAGAACUGAGAAGAAGCUGCGAGAGAGAAAAGAGGCCAAAAAAGAAACGGCCUAG